CGCGCCCCGUCCGUUUAGCUCUCUAGCUCUGGCCAAGCAAGCGACAAAUGCUGAAAGGAAGAGAAAGCUGUAGGAGGGGUCUCGGCUGCGCUGGCCUGAGGUCAAUGGAUUCCUAGAAGUUAGUCUCAAAGAUCUCUCCACAUACUGAUCCUACAGACUAACAUGGCUAUAUCUUUGAAUUCAUACGGAAAGUGAAAAAAGUAAUCCCUAGAUACAUUUGGGAAGAAGUUUUCAAAUCAUCUCCAGAAGAGAGAGAAAGGCAAAGUCAGACACCUUCCUGUUUGUUGGAGACAGGUCAGAACGUUUCCAUGUUUGGAGUCCAGUGGAACAUCUAUUUGAAUUCAUCUCAGCAGUUAUGGAAAAGGCAUCUCCUCUGCAGCUGCGUAUCUUUGAUCUCAAUUGCUGGGCUAUUCGCUAUCUGAGUAAAUUGCGGCAGGAGCGUAUUGAACUGAUUGGUGAUGUCCUCAACCAGGAGGGAUUUGACUUGGCACUUUUACAGGAGGUGUGGAGUGAGAAGGAUUAUUGGGAACUGAAGAAGAAACUGUGUACCCGUUACCCAUCUUCCCACUACUUCAAAAGUGGAGUGAUUGGCAGCGGGCUCUGUGUCUUCUCCAGACAUCAAAUCCUAGAUACUUUCCUGUACCAGUACUCAGUAAAUGGCUACCCCUACAUGUUCCAGCAUGGAGACUGGUUUGGUGGCAAGUCCGUGGGGCUUGUGGUGCUAAAGAUUCAGGGAAUUGUUUUCAAUGUCUAUGUGACUCACCUGCAUGCAGAGUACUGUAGGGAGAAGGAUGCUUACCUGCCCCAUCGAGUAGUUCAGGCCUGGGAGCUUGGCCAGUUUAUACAACAUACUUCCAAAGGAGCUGAUGUGGUGCUGCUUGGUGGAGAUCUCAAUAUGCACCCAGAGGAUGUUGGUGUUCGGCUAUUGCGAGGUUGGGUUGGCCUGCAGGACUCCUUCAUCGCUGCAGAGAAGGUUUCAGGUUGUGAGGACGGCUCUACUCUGGUGCCAGCCAAUUGCUUCACAAGCAAAAAGGAACUACACUGCUAUCCUCAGGGAAUUCGCAUUGAUUACAUUCUUUAUAAGGGUUUGUCUCAGUAUGAAGUAAAAUGCAACAGUCAUGAAACUACCACCGGGACUGCUCCCAACAAGGACAUUCCUUACUCUGAUCAUGAAGCUGUCAUGGCCAGUCUGUCUGUGGCUAAAACACAAUCAGAUGUGCUAAACCAUCCUACAGUUGAGCCAGCACUGGUGGACAUUUUGAAUGAAGCGCGAAUGGAGGUGCGGGUGGGUCUGCAUUCAGCAGAGCGCCAGCAGUAUUCCUGCGGUCGCAUGGCUGUCCUGGCUGUCCUGCUGCUGUUCAUGCAAGGAGCCAUGGGCCUGACUUCCAUCUUUGGUGGAACCCUACAGCAACCCUUCCCUAAGUUCUCCUUCUCGCUGCUUAGUCUGCUGGCUGUGUUGGUUUUACUCAUCUCAACUGUACUGUACCUCUUUCACACCAUUGAAGUGAAAAUGCUGCAGGGGACAGAGGAGCAAAUGCGGCUGAGACUACAGACACUCCAGGACAAGCUAAGCUCUGGAUGAAAUCCUUUGUUCCUGAAGCUGUGAUAGGGACCAAGAGACCUUUUAGCAACACAUCCUCUCUCUGCUGUUAUGUUGUAAGCAGAAGUAGUAAAGUGUGGCAGUAACUAGCAUUUGAUACUGCAAAUAUUUUUUUAGUUGAAGUUUUAGAACUGUUACACUUUCUGUGCUUCUAUUCAAGCCAUUAUGACAAAAAGGCACUUGAAGAAAAAAGAAUUUUCAAACUAAAACUAAAAUAGAUGAAUGAUAUGCAACAGAACUAUAGAGAAACCAGCAAUGUAUUUUUAUUUUUUUUAAGUGCAAACUGACUCAAACAAGGUAGUACUGUAAAAGUUGAUGUAAAUGAAUUAAAAUAAACACUACCACUAUAUAUACACAGA